AUUUACCCUUGAGCAUUUUCUGUAACAAAAGAAAGGGAAAAGCCCACAGCUUCCCUGCGAAGCCGCCAUGGAAGAAGCAUUGAACUUCCUGCAAUGGGCAGCUGAUUUAGGAAUCUCAGACACUCCUUUAACUUCAACCCCUCAAUCAGAUUCAUGUUUGGGACACUCCCUCUUUGUCUCUACUUUCCCUGAUGCCGGAGGGAGAGGUUUAGCAACAGCUCGUGAUAUUAGGAAAGGGGAAUUGAUUCUUAAAGUUCCAAACGGAGCGUUAAUGACUAGUCAAAACCUUAUGAUUAACGAUGAGGUGCUGUCAAUUUCUGUCAAGAAGCACCCUUAUCUCUCCUCUACUCAGAUAUUGGUUGUUGCACUAUUAAAUGAAGUGAACAAGGGAAAGAGUUCUCCGUGGUGGCCCUAUCUAAAACAGUUCCCACGCAGCUAUGACACACUUGCAGAUUUUGACAAAUUCGAGAUACAAGCAUUGCAAAUUGAUGAUGCCAUCUGGGCUGCACAAAAGGCUUCUCUGAAGGCUGAAGCAGAGUGGAAAGAAGCUAGUGUGCUUAUGCAUGACCUCAAGCUCAAACCACAGCUCCUGACUCUCAAGGCUUGGCUGUGGGCCUCUGGUUCUAUAUCCUCGCGCACCAUGCAUAUACCUUGGGAUGAAGCUGGAUGUUUAUGCCCUGUUGGAGAUUUCUUCAACUACGCAGCACCUGGAGAUGAAACAUCUAAUUCUGAAGAUCAGGUUGCUGGAAAAGCCUUUUAUUUGCAAGAAGACAGUAUGCUUAAAUCAGCAACUGAAUUGGCCACAGACCAUAGGCUAAUAGAUGCUGGAUAUGAGGAGGAUGUUUCUUCAUACUGUUUCUAUGCUAGAAGAAACUACCGGAAAGGGGAACAGGUUCUGGUAAGCUACGGUACCUACACAAAUUUGGAGCUUCUUCAACAUUAUGGAUUUCUUCUGACCGACAACCCAAAUGACAAGGCUUUUAUACCUUUAGAAUCAGAUAUGUAUUCUCUCUGUUCAUGGGAGAAUGAGUUACUCUAUGUUCAGCCAGAUGGGAAACCAUCCUUUGCGCUACUAUCAACAGUGCGAUUCUGGGCAGUCCCACAAAACAAGCGUAGGUCUUUUAUACACCUUGUUUAUUCAGGAAACCGACUUUCAGCACAUAAUGAAGUUGCUGCAAUGAGAUGGCUGGCAAAGAAAUGCAGAACAACAUUGUACAUACUUCCAACUACUGCUGAAGAAGACGGUAAGUUACUCGUCAUCCUUGAUAAAUUUCAGGAUAUCCAUCAAUUCGUGGAGAUUAAAGAGAUGCCACCACCACUUGCUAGUGAGCUUUGUGCUUUCAUGGAAAGCAAGGAUAUGCUUAGUGAAGGCAUUUAUGUCCCGUCAAGUGUAGCUAGAAGGUCAAUAGAGAGAUGGAAAUUAGCAAUUCAAUGGAGACUUCACUACAAAAAAAUACUUUGCAAUUGCAUUGCUCAUUGUACCGAGAUUAUUAAUUAUAUUAAUUCUUCAAAAGAUUCAGAAUACCAGGAAAUCUUCGUUAAGCCUGUGUAUUUAAAUCGAUUCCUUAUUAUUAUUAUUAUUAGUAUUAUUAUUAUUAUUUGAAACCUACUAGCUCCG